AUGUUCAGCCUCGUCUCGGGUCUGUAUCGGUGGAUGUUCUCCUACGACGAGCUGCGUCUGCUCCUUCUCGGCGUGGACGGCAGCGGGAAGACGACCUUUCAGGAGCAGCUGAAGACGCUUUACGCCAAACCAAAGGCAUCUCUGGCUCGCUCCGCAACGUCGUCCCCUACCCACAUAGGAUCUUCGCCUCCCGCAGGCGCGCUCUCUGCGUCGCCUACGACUUGCGCGUCUCCCUGCAGAAACGAUGUACGCCUCAGCGGCGAAGCGCUCUCUCCUUCCUCUCAGGCGUCCUCCGUCGCGGGGUCGCCUCCUUGCGCCGCUGCUGCCUCCUCUUCUCUUCUCGCUGCCGCUGCCUCGUCGCUCGACGCACCGCUGCCGCGCGUGCACGCCACGAUUGGCUUCAGUCCGCUCAAUUUUGUCUUUGAGAGCUUCAGAGUCACCGUGUGGGACGUGGGCGGUCAGGAGUCGCUCCGCGCCAUCUGGCCCAACUACUACGCGGAUUGCCACUGCGUCGUCUUCUUCGUGGAUGCGGCCGAUGCGGAGCGGAGGGCGGAGGCGCUCGACGCCUUCCAGUGCAUGCGCCGCGAGCUCGCAGACGCCUGGGCGGCGUCUCGAGUGAGCCGGGAAUCAGAGGCGCGCUCCUGCGGCCGCGAGGCAGAAGACGAGGAAGAGGAGCUUGCUGGUAGGCUCGACCCGGUUGAUCUCCGUGGCGACGCAGCGGCGGGCGACGGCCGCGCGUGUGCGCCGGUGCCUCGCGACCUCGAGGCCCUCGGGGUGCCGCCGGUGCUUCUCGUGGCGAACAAGCAAGAUCUGCCGCAUGCGAUUUCCGCGGAGGCGCUGCGGAGUUUGUUUCUGGGCGCGACGACCCAGCCGCGUGCUGCCCGUGGGGCUCGCGAGCCCGCGCGACCUGGGUGUCGUGACGAGGCCGUGGUCGUCGUGGAGCACACGGCGCGAGACGUCGACAGAGUGAAGGCGCUUCUGAGCACCGCGGCUCGCCUCGGCGCAGCCGCGAAAGCUGUGUUAGACGAAGCGAGCGAGGCCGGAGGCAACGCAGAGAGGAGGGGGAGGGCGCUGCGCGGCAAGGGCGCGGAGUCCGCAGCCAAGAGCGGCGCGCGCCGGUGGAGUGACGACCCACACGCGGGCAGCUUCCCUCAGGGCCACGCGGAAAAGGAACGUGUGGACGCCCAGCGGAUGUACCGGCUGUCUCCUGAUGCAGGCCUGCCUCCCGAGGCGGGGCUGUCCCCUGCGCUGUCUGUGCCGCCCACCGCGUUGCCGCCUGUUUCGCCUUCGUGCGAGGUGCCUGCUGCAUUUGCGCGGCGGCUGUCAGCUGAAGAAGGGAGAUACGAUUGCCACGAGGGCGCCUUGCAGGGCCGCGGGGCGGGCGUGCUCCGUCUCGGCGUAGCCGCAGGGGCGCCGAGUGGAGACUCGGGGCGGGAGAACGGAGACGCUUGGCGGCAAGCGGCGCAAAUCAAAGAGGCCUCUCCGCGGCGUCCUUUGUCUCGCGACUCUCACCGCGCACGCGAGCGAGUCUCGGCUGGCGAGGCGCAGCAGCUUCCGGCGGGGCGUGAAACACAGCUGGCCUGUUGCGAGGGAGAGGGGGAGGGAGAGGCGUCUGGCGCUCAGGAGUGUGGCGAAGAAAGCAGUUUGGACGGACCGGGGCUGUACGACAUUGAAGCCGCGAAAGCCAGCUUCGAUUUAUUCCUGUGUUCGCGCCUCGGUCCCCAGUCUCUCACCUGUCCUCUCGCGGCGCAAUCCGGCAAAGCGCCUGCGGCAGGGAGACACGGCUCGAGAUAA